AUGGGUGGACGAAUCGACGAGAUGACACCAUCGUACUACGUCGAACAUUUGGCGACAUUUGCAGUCGGAAGACAAUUCGGUCUGACAUUUCCUGCCGACGGAAUUCGAAAACUGAAACAAAUGGAGAAAAACUCGGCCAUUUGGGCGCAGCCACUUGUGUUAAGAUUUCGGCAGAGCAGCGUUACUGUCGAAGACGAGAACGGGGACCUUGUCGAACAGUUUCCACUUGAUUUGAUUGAGCAGCCGACGGCUCACGUGUCAAAUGAUCCCCGCGACACCUACAACAAUAUUUUGUUAUUCAUCGUCAGAGAGGACACGCGCAACAAGCGCUCAGCCACUCCCACUGAAAUGCAUAUUUUCCAGUGCAACCGUGUCGCGGCGACAGAGGUGGCCGACGAUCUGCAGUGGUACAUUCGCGGCCAGUUCCGGAAGGUUCGAAAUGGUCGAAGAAGCAGUGGUCCUGCAUAUUCUCAUCGUCUACCACCAGAUUUUCUCCAAUAUCCAACCGAUGACUCAUCGGUGCACGGUGACACUUCGGAACUGUUUGAGAGGGAUGUGAAUACGCUCAAUCGGUGCUUCGAUGACAUCGAAAGGUUCGUAGCACGCAUACAAUCAGCAGCUUUUGCUCAGAGGGAGCUAGAACAACAGGCCCAUCGAUACCGAACAGCUCAACGUCGAGACAAGCGAGGAGGUGCGCCGCCACCGGAUCCGAAUGGAAUUCUGCAGAUGCGUGCCCAAUUACCGAUUGAGCCUGAAUUCGUGGAUAUUUUCAGGAAAUUCAAGCUCAGCUUCAAUCUUUUAGCCAAGCUCAAGAAUCACAUUCACGAGCCGAAUGCACCUGAGCUGCUUCAUUUCCUCUUCACACCGCUCACUGUUAUUCUCGAAGCGUGUCACUGGGGUCUUGGUCGCAAUAUCGCUCCACAGAUAGUUGCGCCAUUAUUGUCACUAGAAGCUCGCGAAUUGAUGCAGAACUGUCUGACAAGCAAGGAAUCAGAUGUAUGGAUGAGCCUUGGUGAAACUUGGAGGACGCCACCUGAAGAUUGGCGUGGACCGCUGCCUCAACCCUACAGGCCGGUGUUCGUAGAUGGAUUUGCUCCUUACGGGAUUCCUGAGCAGCAACGGUUUCCGCCAUCCGCUUAUCCGGUACCAUUGCAUCGAGGCGAGUCUGCUCCCCCAGCACACUACCGUCCCUCUCCCAGAGAUCGAAGCGUGGACACGCUCGAUUUGGAUCGUCUGUCUUUGGAAAGAGAACGACUCGAUUUUGAGAAGCAGAAGAUGCUGGAGAGGGAGCGACGACUUCAAGAUGAAGAAAAGAUGAUCAAGUGGAUUUUUUACCGUUCAGGGUUUUUCUUUCCACUUUAUAAAUGUAUUGUCACGCAUUCUACUAGUCAGCCAGUUGCCUAUCCAAUACAGAUAUUAUUUAAAGUAAUCCUUCUCAUUCGAUCUUUGUGCUUUUACUGUCUUUUUAGAGCUUUCGUGGAAGAUGCCAUUGGAAGAGGGAGUAAACUAGUGAUGGCAACAUUUGAUCGUGUCGCCCAGAAUGCCAAGGAGCUAACCGUUAGUCGUGGCGAGUACCUUGAGGUCUUGGAUGACGCGAAAAACUGGUGGGAGUGUCGUAAUGUGCAUCAACGCGUCGGCUAUGUACCCCAUACAAUACUUUCUAUGGUCUCGUUGGAUCAUCCCGACUCUACCGAAAUAUAUGUGGGUUUUCUAGACAUCAAAUAUGCCAAUGGCAAGGCGGAAUCAAGGUAUGUUUGUUUUUCUGAGAUUUCAAAUCGUGUUCAUAACUGCACUUCCAUAGAGACUCACGCAUUGGUGACGGAGCUCAAUGAGACUUUUGGCAAAAAAGCCGGUCAAGCUCUACGAAAGUCAGUAUCAAGAACGCCAACUAUAAGUAUUACUGAAAAUUCGACACCAGAGGAGGUAUCGUUAUGGUUGCAGAAGAAGGGUUUCAGCACGAGGUGGAUACUUGAGGGACAAGACGGUGCGAAUUUGUUCGCUUUGAAGAAGGAAAGCCUCAUCCAGGCAUGUGGUCGGGAAGAAGGCACACGCCUGUAUAGUCAGCUUCUCGUCCAAAAGCACCAAAGUAAUUAUCGAACACACUCCAGCGCUGAGCUGAAUGCGAUCUUGAACUACCGAAGGAUGCACGUCGAGGUAACAAACGAAACACCAGCAAACGAACCGGCGACCGUUAUCGGCAAGUAA